CAGCAUGUCUGCCGCAGCUCGAUCACGACACCAACUCCAACACUCCCCUCAUUCCCCACACACCCCCCUCCUUUGCGACACACGGGGCCGACGAGUGGUCAUUGGCAUGUCCACGCGUGUCGUCGUCCACGGCGGUACAGGGCUGGUGCCUGUGUCGACGGCGACGUGGGAUUCGCGCAUACCGUUUGUGGGCGGGUGUCCCAGCCCAGGGACCAAAGCAAGACAGGCAUGUGAAAAUGGGGGGUCGGUGCUGCCCGUUCCCGUGGUCCCGUGGCUCACCCGUUCACGCCUGGUCACAGACAGUCACACUCGCACAGGCGCCACCACCAACACCGCUGGCAGGGUGGCUGCUAUGGGCUGGCUGCUAUGGGCUGGGUCGGUCAUGUCGGUUCCUCGUGCUUUCGUGGGCGCACAGCGGCCAGGGCCAGUGACAGCCUGCCACCAUGCCACCAGAGCGGCGCACCCAGGGCGAAACAAGGGCCAGGGGAGAGACACCGACAGGAGCAAAACGGCUGGUCGGUCGUUCGUAUAUUUCACGAUAGCGGCAGAGAGGGAGACGUGCAUCAUCGCUCGGGAGCUCCCGAAAGGGAAACCGCCAGUGUUUUUCCAGACCCCGCUGCCCGACAUCGGACCCAUCAACAGCCACGGAACCAUCCCAUCGUGUUGCGGUCAGAAGAUUCAAGGAGGCAUCUUGUCAGAUCCUGCGCUCCGCUCCAUCGUCGCAGCUACAAAACCCGCUCGUCCAGCCCUUGAGGAGGACCCGCCGUCCGGUGAUCCGCGGGCCGACCAGACAGUCAAGCAAGCGAGGCAAGCUGCGUGA